CCCCACCCUAAUAUCAGGCCAUAUGUAGAAUCACAGGGACCUAAAUGUGAACUUCCCUUUGAUUCCCCUGCACUUGAUUUUCUACAGUGCUUGAUUGGAGCUGACUUUUUUCAGACUAUGACAGACAACACAAAUAUGAAUGCCGUGGCAAAAAAUCCACCUGCUACCCAUGAUGCAGGCAAUCCACUCCAAACAUCAGAUGCAAGCUGGGAACCUACCAACCCAGAGGAAAUGAAGGUUUUCAUUGCUAUCAACAUCCUUUUUGGUGUUGAUCCCAAACCGGAAUUCCGCGACUACUGGAGUGAGGAUACGGCCCUGCACAAUGGUUUUGUCAAAGCAAGAAUGGGUCGACAAAGAUAUGAAAAACUCUUCCGAUAUUUUCACUGCAGUAACCCUGUCCUCCCUGUUGAUCCAGAUGAUAAGCUUGCAAAAGUGCGAACAUUCCUAACGGUUCUACAGGAAAAUUUCCCAAGAAUGUUCACCCCUGGAAGAAACUUGUCUGUUGAUGAAGCCAUGAUUGCUUUCAAUGGCAGGUUGUCAUGGAAGCAAUACAUGCCUAAAAAGCCUGUGAAAUGGGGGAUAAAACUGUGGUGUUUGUGUGACUCUGAAACUGGUUAUUGCCUUGCAUUCUACCCUUACACUGGAGCUGGUGGGGGGGAUGAAGUUCUCAAUCUAGGUCUCGGCUAUACUGUAGUAAUGACGGUGAUGAGAGAAUAUCUGCUUCGCAACCAUCAUGUUUACAUUGACAACUUUUUCUCUUCUGUCCAACUGGCGAGUGACCUACAACAAGCAGAUACUUAUGUCUGUGGCACAGUGCGGAAGAACAGACGAGUUCUACCCAAUAAUAUUGAUCAAGUCCGUCUACAGCAGUACGAGAGUGUGAAGUGGAUAUCGGAGGAGGUUGAAAAUCUUCUGUUUAUUAGAUGGAAGGAUAAACGGGAUGUAUACAUGCUGUCCACCAAUAAUGACGGGAACGACACCCAGAAACCUCGCACAAGAUUCAGGCAGGAUGAGAUGAUAGACAUCCCAACAGCAAUAAAGGAUUAUAAUUCUAACAUGGGUGGGGUUGAUUUCCUGGAUCAGAUGCGCAGCUACUACAAUGUUGGCAGAACAGGGCGUCGCUGGUGGAAAUAA